UGUGAUGGUAUUCCUCCGUAAAGAGAGGUUCCCGGUUGUUACGUAUAAUAAGCUGCAACAACGCAAGUAUGGACCAUUCAAGGUGUUACGGAAGAUCAAUGAUAAUGUUUAUGUUGUGGCUCUCCUAGAAUCUAUGAACAUUUCUAAUACCUUCAACGUAGCUGACAUUCAUGAGUAUCAAGUAGAUGAGAAUUUGGGGACAAGUUCUUCAGAGGUGGAGGAGACUGAUGUAGGAAGGAUUUACUGGUUUUUCCUUUUUGAUAUUUUCUAUUUUUGUGAGUUUUCCUUUUUAGUUUUCACUAGUUUUUCCUUUUUGAUAUUUUCUAUUUUUGUGAGUUUUUCUUUUUAGUUUUCACUUUUGGUUUUUUCCUAUUUUAUAGUUGAGAUCCUUCUCUAUAUAAGGAGAGGUUCUAAGUUUUUGUAAGACACAACUUAUUAUUCUAAAUGAGAGCUUUUAUCGAAUCUGGUGGAUUUCCAGAGUUUUAUCUUCAAAUUCAUCGCUUGUGAACUUGAAUUCGUUCUAGUUUUAGUGUUUGCUAAUCCUAAAGUUUUCCGACUGCGUCAGAAGCAGAGUUAAAACAAAGACUCAAAGAAAAAAUGGAAGCCAAAGUCAUUUCUUGCACUACUUUCGGAGACGACAAGGUCAUAAAGAUUGUUGUUUCGAGACAUCGUGCUGUCACCAACUACAAACCUAGAGAAAACGAAACGACGACCGUUGUUGUUGCCGAUGAUACUUGCUCCAAGAAAGAUGUUGAAGAGAUUAAGAUGACUUGUGAGAAGCUCGAUUAUGUUUACGAAGGAAGACUUCACGAAGAUUACGCUCAGACCAACAUUGGACCUGGUUUGGUCUGAAAGUUUCAGAGUUACAGUUAAACUCUCUAUGCGUUGCUUCACUUUUGUCUAAGUACUUUUCUUUUCUGCAUUUUGAUUUCUGUGUUCUAAGUUAUCUCU